AUGAGUAUAAACUCAGAAACAGAAUCUGAAACAUUGCGUAUUAGCUGUCAAUAUAACUAUGAAAGCCAGGUCAUAUCUUUACUACAAGCUAUGCACAGUGAGAUAAUCUCUUUGAAGGCAGGACAGGACACUAUCAAACUGGAAUUGAAUUCUACAAGAGAAGAAUUGAAUUCGAAGAUUGACUACCUCCAGAGUCAACUAGACAACAGAGGAUUUUCUGAGCAAGAGACAGUACCUUCUGCCACUGACAUUCCUUGCAACAGUCUUAUCCGUGCACCUAUUCCAAAUACCUGGGAUAUAACAUUGAAGUACAUCUUCAAAAUGAUGAGUGAAGAUCUUGGUAUUGAGAUCAUUUGUGAUGAGCUGGCUGUCCAUCCUUUGGUGAAGGAUCUUGGUUCUUGUUCUAGCUGGGGGUCUAUAUCAGUAAUGGUUAGAAAACAAAUGUGUGCUAAACACGCAAUGUUGAUGAAGGAUGCUGGUAUCAACCUCACCAGAUGCCAUGAAAACUGGGCAUCUGCCUCAAGAAUCUCUCAUCUCUGA